AAAGUGAUCCAAUUUUCCACCAGAGAUGUUGUGGUGUUGGUGGUGGAGGGGGGAGACAAAUACUUGUCUCUACUUUUUUUUUUUUUUUUUACAUUGGGGGUCUCAAUAAGUCCCCUCUACCGAACGUUUUCAAAUGAUUCCGAUUGAUGAAAACUUUCACCCCGAAUGGAAAACGCAGUGCGUAAAUACGCAUCACAAAACCCAUUAUUAUUAUUAUUCCCAUGAACGGCUGGCAGAUUCCAAAGAGGACAUUUCGCAUGAAGGGCAGAGUGUUUAUUUGUGUUUUUUUUAAUAAGGAUCGGACAUUUCACUUCUCUCUCUCUCCUUCUGUAACCUCGUGUAGUUUUAUAACAUGACGAUACGAGAGUGAGACAGCAGCACUGAGAGCCUCUCCGAUUUUGAGCGUAUAACGGGAAAGCAGCUACAAACAUGGCUGGUUUGAUGGCAGGUUUUGGUCAUUACACCCACGCCGUCGUCCGGGGAAUCCCCGCGUCCCUGGCCAAAGACGCGCUCCGGAGCUGCCAGCCGGAGAAUACCGAGGUGGACCUGGACCAGGCGCGCAGGGAGCAAUCGGCGUAUGUCGAGGUGCUCGAGACGAGGCUCGGGCUGGAGGUGGUCGAGCUGCCCGCAGACGAGACGAUGCCGGACUGCGUGUUCGUGGAGGACGCGGCGGUGGUGUGCGGUGACACGGCGCUCAUCACCAGACCCGGGGCAGAGAGCAGGAGGAGAGAGACGGAGGCAAUGAGCGAAGCUCUGAAGAAAUUGAAUCUGAACAUCGUGGAAAUGACCGACGAGAACGCCACACUGGAUGGAGGAGACGUGCUUUUUACAGGUCGAGAGUUCUUUGUGGGCCUUUCCAAACGGACCAAUCAGAGAGGAGCAGAGAUCCUAGCAGAUGCCUUUAAGGACUAUGCUGUGUCAACUGUGCCUGUGAUGGAGGGGCUGCACCUGAAAAGCUUCUGCAGUAUGGGAGGACCUGGCCUUAUUGUCAUCGGCUCAAGUGAACACGCACAGAAAGCCCUCAAAAUCAUGCAGCAAAUGAGUGACCAUCGCUAUGACAAACUGACGGUGCCUGACGACCUAGCUGCCAACUGCAUCUACAUGAACCUGCCUAAUAAGGGACAUGUGCUUCUGCACCCCACAGCAGAGGAGUAUCCAGAGAGCGUGAAGGUGUUCGAGAAGUUGAAGGACCACAUGUUGAUCCCCGUGUCUAACUCGGAGAAGUGCAAACUGGAUGGAGCCCUCACAUGCUGCUCUGUGCUCAUCAACAAGAAGGCCAACAUCUGAUUUAAAUUUUGAUUGUAAUGAAUCUGAUCCCAGAUCAGAGGUGGAGUAGACCUUGUGCCAUGUUUAGCCCCCCUGCCCCCUUUAACCCUGCUGAGCCCCUACUGCUCGUGUGUAAACCAAUCCUUACUUAUACUGUUUGAUUUACAACCCUUUCAGAGAAAUCGUUAAAUUGUUUUUGUUGGACCAACAAAACCAGAUGGAUCUGUUUGAUAAAUCAUUUUUUUUUGUGCCAUUGAAAAGUUUAGUUUUACAACAUUACACUGCAGGUUUAUGAAUUACAUCACUAACAGGCAACUUCAGUGGAAAAUGUAUACAGUCGGUUUGUCCUGUGUACAUGCACCACUUUACAUGUGAUUUAAUUUAGUUGUGUUUGGUUAUAUAAUAAUGCAAAUGGGACUCAAUUUCUUAUUAAUUUUUCAACAACUGUAUUUUGGAGGAAACAUAUAAAUUAUUAAUAAUAAAUUAUUGCUGAUUCUUUACAGUUGGUUCUGAGUAAAUUUCAAAACCACUAACAUACAAAUCUAUAUUUUAUGAAUUGCAUGGCCAUAUAGAUCUGACUAUUCAACCUGGUAUCACGCCAAAGCAUGUAAUAGACCCGCCUGUCCACCAGAGGAUAGCAUGUCAGUGUCACGUUUUGCCUCGCCGAGGCGUGAAUAUUACACGCGUCGUGUCAUUCAUACGCCUUUUCGUGCGACCGUGCUGAACUAUUAGGUUGUUUUGAUUUCUCAUAUUGAAAAUACAGUUCUUGAAAAGCCUUCUGGAGAUAUGAGCUUUUGGUAUGAUCGCACUGUUGUGAUGAUAUUAUGAUUGAUAGAAGUACUGCCAUUGAGACCUGAGGUGCUCUUACUUUUCACGACUAUUACUUAGUAAUCAUUGAUAUUGAUCGUACCGUACUGGAGACGAUUUUUGACUGAUCUCAAUCAUUGCCACCAGCUAGAGAAGAAGCUAAGAGUAGCCUGUUAUUCUACAAGGACCAUCUGUGGCCAUUUCAUUUUAGCAAUUUGGCAUCCCUCCUGGUGAGCCUUUGUUUAGAUUCAUGUGGGGAUGCAAACGUAUUAAUCUGUGCCAACCCUACAGACGACAGAUAAAAGCUGACGGUGUGGGAAAUAUUUCAUUAUUAUAAGAUUAUUAAUUCCAACAGAACACCUCUGCUCCUCUUAAUGUACCAUGUCUGCAUGGGAGACCAAUGACUUCUCUCUUGCUGAAUGAUUCUGAAGGCACUGCAGUUUUCUCACUCCAUUGGUUCUGCCUGUGUUGUUGAUUACACUGUUUUUAGUUUUUUUUUCCUGUCUGGCAGUUUUUACUCGAAAACUGACUCAGAGCAUGCUGUGAGACCGAUGUCUGUUCCGCCAAAUGUGACUGCAGUGAGAGAGUUUGCACUCAGCAUGCAGAACGAGCUAACUGUUUGGUGUGUUUCCAUGUGUGUUCACAAUGGUAGCUGCAAACAGGAGCUUAGGGGAUGUUGAUGAGGAGCUCUGUUUUGGUGGCCUUAUCUCUGUUGCUGCUGAAUUAAUGUUUGAGGCCUGUAGCUAUGACAACAUAGUGUAUGUAAACGUGUAUACUGUACAUACACUAUAUGCUGUAUACACGUUAAAGCCCGCCAUAUGUGAAACCAUGCUUUUUCUCAAUGUGAUUGUAAGUGAAAGUUGAGGAAAUGACAUCAGGAGAUGAUUCAGCCUCCCUCUGUAGACGUUUGUGUAUGGGCAAGUGGGCAGUGAUGAAACAGGGAAAGAAUUCCUGUUGGGAGGAGAGGCUUGUACACCAGUAAACACUGACUCUCUUAAACUUUCUCUGUCUCACUCUCUCCCACCCUCUGCUAUUGCCUCAUAGACGAUCUGGACUAAUUUAUGGGCUAGUAUCAUACAGUCUGGCGAGCACUGUAGAUGUGAUGGCCUGCCAUUAAAGUGUGACACUAGUAGUAUAUUUUACAGGAGGCGGCUGGCUGGAUGCAGGGUGAUAGCAUAGUUGCAGAGCUUCCAGUUCUGAUUCUCACGCAGUUACUCCAGGAGGCUGAGCUAGACAGGACUGGUCAUACACUGUCUGAACAUUAGUCCAAUGUCAAUCAGAGGAUUUGAUCCUCUCACAUUGCUCCAAAUCACCCAUUGGUACUUAACCUUUUCCUAUCGCUGAUUUCAAAUCAGAACGUUAAAUACAUUUUGUGGCUCCUGGCUGGCAAGCCUGUCUGUGAGUAACUGCUCCUGAAAAUGUGUGCUGACUUAUUUAUCCUCUUACUAAUCCCCUUACUCAUCACAUUAGUCAUGAUGUUGUGAUUGCCCUUGUUCCAACUGAGGUCUCAUACAAGUUGUGAGUAACAAUUAUUUGAAUCAUCUUAAAUUGAGCCUUUCGUCUACUUUGUGUAAUAAAUUAACAUCUAGCAUUGAA